CUUUUGGUUUGCCCUGCCUAGGGACAUCCUAGUAAUGGUCCUUCUUGUUCUACUCGAGGAUGCCUUUCCGAUCACAAUACCAUUCAAGGGAACAAGCCAAGUGGUUAAGUUUAGGCCAGAUCGAUGUUGAGCCACCCAUGUCAUGUCACUGCUGUGGUUUGUAUAAAAUUCUGAAAACUCAAUUGAUCGCUAAGACAUGCAGAUCAAUCGGCCUGCACAUCAGCACCUGAUCCAGGCUGCUUCGACAAAGUGGACCUUUUUACUGACCAACAGCCUCUGCCUAGAGAUUUUGUCACUUGCUUUUGAUCAGGCUUCCUCACCAAGUAACCCUCAGUUUGCAUUUGGAGGAGCUCAUUCACAAGGCUAAAAUGAAAACAGAUGAAUUGAGAAGGUGGGGGAAUGUGGCGGUCUUUCUGAAAGUUUAUGGAUUAGUUGUUGGCAUGGAAUCUCUCAUUGCAUCGGCAAAUACACUUCAAUACAGAAGAAUGGAUUUUGAAGAGUUCUGUGCCGCUGCAUUAAGUGUUCAUCAGCUAGAGGCACUUUUCAUUGAAGAACUUGCUCCAGAACUUCGACUUGGUCCCUCAAUCCCAAUCCCGCUUCAUGUGGUUCUCCAUGAUUGGAUUUGGCACACUGGUGGGAAGAUCACUGCAGGUGCAAGCUUGGUUACCAGUUUGAAUGCUGUGUUCUUGAUAUUUUGUGCGUAAAGGUGUAGUUAAUUUGCCUAAAUAGGAAAUUGCUAAUUCUUCUACUCCUUAUAGAUGCAUUGUACAUGUUAGAUUAUCCUCGUCUGCUCCAACCUCUCUCUAGUUACUGUGAAACGUGCUUGAA